AUGACGGCGCCCCCAAGACACAGCGAGGCCCCCUUGUCUUUGGGUGGGAGCACCGGGCGCCCCUGGUGCACCCCGACGACUGCAAGCUGCCCCCAGCAGCAGCAGCAGCAGCAGCAGCAGCAGCAGCAGCAGCAGCAGCAGCAGCAGCACGAGGAGGAGUAUCUUUCCCUCACCCCCAAUGCACGAGAGAAGAGAGCUGCAACCCAGCUGUUGAUUGCGACUACCCAAACAACUGGUCCAUAG